AUGGACAAGUCAUGGGUUUGGCUUCCAAGGGCAACCACUGAGUAUGAGGAAGGUGCACGUGGUUUUGUGUAUGCAUCAGCAAAGAGAUUGGGUAAUCCUCUGCAGAUGUUAUGUCCUUGUAUCGACUGUCGGAAUGUGUGUCAUCAAACUGCUGGCACAAUACUGGAUCAUUUGGUAAUUAAGGGAAUGGAUCAGAAGUACAAGAGAAAUGCGUGUUGGAGUAUCCAUGGAGAGAGGAGGUCUGAGAAAACAGUUGACGAUCAACAUGCUGAGUUAGAAACAUACGAGUUGUUUAGAUCUGCCUGCUUUGAAAAUGGUUCAGAAUCCUCGAAUAAGGAUGGAGAACAGCCUGAAGUUGUUGGGAGUCAAGAAGAACUUGAGUUUAAGAAGAAAUUAGAGGAUGCAGAAACUCCUCUAUACUCGGAGUGCCCAAACUACACCAAAGUUGCAGCAAUUAUGGGUCUCUACCGCAUCAAAGUGAAGAGUUCGAUUUCAGAGAAUUACUUUGAUCAGCUUUUAAGUAUGGUUCAUGACAUGCUUCCCAAGGGUAAUGUGCUUCCAACAUCCACAUCUGAGAUAAAGAAGUUCUUGAAGAUAUUCGGUUUUGGAUAUGAUAUCAUCCAUGCGUGUAAGAAUGACUGCAUUCUUUACCGGAAACAGUACGAGGUGAUGAGUAGCUGUCCAAGGUGUGGGGCUUCAAGAUGGGAAGUUGAUAAGCAUUCUGGUGAGACAAAGAAUGGGAUUCCAGCAAAGGUACUCAGGUAUUUCCCUAUAAAAGAAAGAUUCAAGAGGAUGUUUAGAUCGGAGACAAUGUCUAAGGAUUUGCAAUGGCAUUUCAGUAAUGCUUCUGAAGAUGGAACAAUGAGACACCCGGUUGACUCAUUGACGUGGGCUCAGGUCAAUGCUAGAUGGCCUCUUUUUGCAGCUGAACCGAGAAACCUACGACUUGGUAUAUCUACAGAUGGGAUGAACCCGUUUUCUAUCCAGAAUACGAAGCACAGCACAUGGCCAGUUAUGUUGGUGAACUACAAUAUGCCUCCGACGAUGUGCAUGAAGUCAGAGAACAUAAUGCUAACCCUUCUGAUACCUGGUCCAACUGCCCCAAGUAACAACAUCGAUGUUUAUCUUGCUCCUCUGAUUGAUGAUCUGAAUGAUUUGUGGAAUGAAGGUAUCAAGAUAUAUGACUCAUUAUCCAAGGAGAAUUUUACACUGAAGGCUAUACUAUUGUGGAGUAUCAGCGACUAUCCAGGUUUGGGGACCUUGUCUGGUUGUAAAGUGAAAGGGAAACAAGGAUGUAAUGUAUGUGGGAAGGAUUCACCUUCUAAGUGGUUGAAGUUUAGUCGGAAGUACGUCUAUUUGGGAAAUAGGAAACGACUUAGGCCUGGUCAUCCUUAUCGACGACGAAGGGUUUGGUUCGACAACACUACAGAGGAAGGGACGGCUAAUAGAAUUCAGACAGGAGCUGAAAUAUUUGAGCUGCUUAAGGAUUAUAAGAAUGAAUUUGGGAAACCUUUGGAGAAGAAAAGCAAAAGGAAAAGAUCAGGUUUGUGUGAUGGUGAGGAGCUUAGACAUGAAGAAUAUGAAGAAGACUCUGACCAAUGGAGGUGGAAGAAACGUUCUAUUCUAUUUGAUUUACCCUACUGGAAGGAUAUGCCGGUGCGUCACAACAUCGACGUAAUGCAUGUGGAGAAGAAUGUCUCUGAUGCUAUUCUAUCCCUUUUGAUGCACAAUACUAAGUCAAAAGAUGGUGUCAAAGCACGACAAGAUUUGGAGGACAUAGGGAUUCGACGUAACUUACACACUCAGCAACGUGGGAAGAAAAUGUACUUACCUCCUGCUGCUUAUUGGCUGAGCAAGGAAGAGAAGAAGAGAUUUUGUAAGAGAUUAUCAGAAUUCAGAGGACCAGAUGGCUACUGUGCGAACAUUGCAAAUUGUGUCUCACUUGAUCCUCCUCUGAUUGGUGGUCUGAAGUCUCAUUGCAGAAGGUCGAGUUUCCUCGACUAA